AUGAAUUUCGGAAUGAAUAAUACAACAACAGCAGAUCUGAUUCAUGUUCACAUUCCUAGUUUACGUGUACUUAUUGCAUUUAUUUGUCUUGCUCUUUAUCUAUUCGGUUAUACUGGCUGCAUUUUGUCAAUUGUAACGUUUAGUUCAAAAAAACUUCGUCAACAUUCCACUGGUUUUUUGUUUUUUGUUAUGGCUUUUGUUGAUAUAUUUAACUUAGUUGCUAGUUUACAAUACUUUUUGGAUGCUAUCUAUCAAAUCAACGUUUAUAAUCUAUCAAUACAUUGGUGUCGAUUCUUUACGAUUGUCAAUUAUGAACUUUAUUUUGGAUUUUCUUGGGUAUUGGUCUUUAUUUCUGUUGACCGUUGGAUUAAAGUUGAAUGGCCAACAAAAAGUCAAACAUUAUGUACCAGAAAAAGAUUUAUUCAUUUAUGUUUAAUAGCGUUAUUUUCAAGUCUUGUACAGAAUGUAACAUAUACAUUGUUAUGUUUUAACGAAAAAUGUGCACAAAAAAAUAUUCUUUGUGAAAUAUUAAUUCAUGUUAUUUAUAUAUCUAUCUAUAUGGUUAUACCUAUUGUAAUUAUUCUUCUAUCCAUAAGCCGUACAUGUUUAAUAACAAUGCAUUUAAAAAAGCGUUUUCGUACAAAAACUCAACAACAAACUAAUGUGACUAGCAAUGCAAGACUUUUAAAAGUGGACACUGUUGUUCAUUGUAACAAUAACAAUUCGGACGAGAAUAUGAAUUCAGCAAUUGUAACAACACAUCUACCAAGUUCAUUUAUUAGUUCACCAUCAACAACUACCACUAACGCAGCAGCAACAACAACAACAGCAAUGACGAAUAAUACGAUUUGUAUUCAGAGAUUGGAUAGCCGAAAUCGUUCAACAAAUUUUUCAAAACUACGCCGACGACGCUCACGUUUAGACGCUCAAAUGAUUGUAUUGAUAUCAAUAAAUGUUGCACCAUUUAUUAUUGUUCAUAUAAUAACGGAAAUAGCAUAUUUAUUUGAAAAAUAUUCAGCUUUUGUAGCACAAUCAACAGUCGCAAAAUUAUUGAUUGUAGUAGUUUAUCUGUCAUGGUAUUUAAUAUCAGCAACCCGUUUCUAUACGAACUGUCUUCUAUCACGUAUUUAUCGUGAAGAAUUUCUAAAUCGUCUAAGAAUGUUACGACAUGGUUGUAAACCAAGAAUUAUUAUAGUCGGUCAAACACCACCAUAUCGAAAUUCGUCAAGAUUCUAUGUGGCAAGUGCGGCUAAUGGCGUUGAAAGUACAUUAUCACCGAUAAACUAA